GACAUUAUAUUAAAAGGUAGUGGGAACUACUGAGCUGUGAAUGCUGUACACAGAACAAAGAACACAGAGUUUAUAACAUAAACACUCUUACAUGGGUCUUAAAGACUUCCAUUUGGCUGAGAAAAAUAAAUGUUACUGUUUCUUUUAUCUAUAUUGUUGGAAAACAAGGAGCUGAUACUAUCUGCCAAAUCCAUGACUGUAGUCCUGUUGGACUCAUUGGUAUAAUUAAGACUUGAAAGGACUGAAAUAGCUCAGGAGCCUGCAGUGAACACUUUUUCCUUUACCUAAAAAUGUAGUUUGAUUUCAUCUGAAAUUGUCUCUGUAAUUUCCCUUUCUUCCUGCAAAUGACUGCCCUUUCGUGCUUAUGGAUGUGUGCACUCAUGAGGCUGAAAACUCUAACACCUAAAUGGUCUCCCUGAAGAAGUACUAGUAGAUUCUAAAUGGGGGGCUAUUAGCUUUUUAUUACUGUAAUGAUUUUUUUAGUAGUUUCCACAAUUUGAAAUGUGGCUCAGUGGCUAUUGGUAGUUGAAAGCAACAUGGUUUAAUAUUUUUAACUUUUGAUUUUAUGUUUGUUUCAGUGGUUCAAAAUUUUAAAUGAUAACAGGUGAGGCUUACUCAACGGCAAUGUUGUUUCAGACCUUCAUUUGUUUUGGCUCAUUUCUAAGGUUUACAUUGGCUUGAAUGCUUGAUCAUAACAUUCUUUUUCUCUUUAUCUUGUAAAAUAACAUUUUUUUCUUUAACUUGCUUUGAACUAGAAUGUUUAUUCUAUUGUUUCUAACAUUUUAGUGCCUUUCUUGAAUUUCUUUUUGUUCUAUUUGAUGAAACAAAAUUUGUGUCUGUUUCAAUUUUUUUUGUUGUGUUGUUUCUAAAAGUUCCCCAACCUGGAGUAUUGCAGUAGACAGCUUCCCCUCUUGUGCCAUACAUAGGUUCAAAGUCCUGUUUUUCACUAUGUUCAGUUGCAAAGGGCAUGUUUUCUAGCAUGUGAGAAAAAGAUCAACAAGUCCCUAACUUGGAAGUAGCUAGCAGUCUGAGCAUAACUAAAUUAAUUCCUCAGACAGGAUUAGGUCUCAGCAGCUCACUGUACGGUCUGAGCAGAGGGGCAUGGAUGUUAACACAGCAGGUGCAAAGGUAGCCUGUGCUAUCAGGAAGUCAGGGUUCUUUCUGUUGGUAGAAAAUGGGAAGCAACUGAAAGGCGAGUAGCAAUCUAGUAGGCUAAACUAGGAGCUUGGGAGUCUCCCAAUGCCCCUCCCUUCCUCAGUCCCCCGAAUGAGUCACUUUUCCACUGUGUCUACACCCAUUCACCCUUCCUUUGCCAACAUCCCUGAAUACACUCAGAGUCACCCUCUAAGCAUUUGCCAGAGAUCUUUCUAGAAUGCAAGUCCAGACACUCCACCCUAUCUCUCUGGUCCUGCAAACUAGUUCAUCAUGGUUUUCUGAGUAAAGUUGAAGCUCGUGGCUUCCUCUCCUGCCUACACUGCAAUCUCCUUUUACAGAAAGGGAUAGAGAAGACGAAUGCAUUGACUCCACAUGGAAUUGAACAGAUAGCUUUCUUGCUUGUCCUCUGCCCUUCUCCACUGUUCCAAGGGCCCACCUCCAUCCAACUCCCUGUGCCUAGGUGUAUGUACAUGUGAAGGUCAGGAGUCCACAUCAGCUAUCUUCUGAAAUUUACUUUCCGUUUUAUUAUUUAUUUAUUUUUUGAAUGUCUCUCAUUGAACCUUGAACUCAACCGUUGGCCAAUGGCCUCUGAGAAUCUCCCAUUCUCUACCUCCUUUCCAGCACCGUGGUUAGGGAACCUUGCCUGGGCUGCUUUGAAUUUGAACUCAGGUCCUCAUGCUUGAGACCCAGUUUCUUUAAGAAUGAGUCAUUUCUUAGCCCAUCAACUCUCUUUUUAUCUUACUGAUUUCUGCACAUCUUUCAAGGCACUAGUUAUAAUAUAUAAUUCCUCCCUUUCUCUGGGUCACUUGGUGUUGUUGUCUACCACCAUAGCAUUUAACUAUCCAGCAGAAAGGAUGGGGUUGUCUCUUCCCUACAAUGCUGCUCACAAAGUACAAUCCUUGUAUAAGGACCCCCCACACCCCCGCAUUCCUACCUAUACUUAACAUCUCUGCCAUAGCCCACAUUCCACCUAGCUUCUGAAAUAAACGCUGUGAAGAAAGGAAGUCCCCGGGCUACGGUGGUUACUAAUUGUCAGUUAGAAACUCCCUGUCCCUGUUCUCUGAAAAAAAAUGUUAGGGUCAUUUUACUUUGUUUCCAUUGUUGGGGACUUGGGUACUUUUAAUGAUUAACACUGAGAAGUGGCACUAGUUAAUUAAUUAGUCCAGGAAGGGAUCAGAAAGCAGGAUUCAGCCAGUGUUUCACGGACCCAGCACAGGAUCUAUUACUCAGGUCUGUUAUGGGUACGUCUGCAAACCACUUGUGCACCCUAACAUCUUUCCUGACAUUUUUACUCCUAGGAAAGCCGGCCUCACUCUCUCAGUACAACAUACAGGGAGAAAUCCUGUUACAGUUUGCAUUCCCUCGCCCCUACUCAAAUUAUGUUCAAACCACGGAGCAAGCAUUUUUAGUUAAAAAGCAUCCUUGACCAAGUUAUCAGAAUUCCUUAAAUUCACAGGAAAUCCCGUCCGCAGAUCUUCAAACUUUAUCUCUUCUCAGAAGCCCAAGAUUCUUUUCAUUUAAAACCAAGUUACAGGACAGCACCCAGGGAACUAGGGGGCUGGGGUUUCAUUUGCUCAGGCCGUUGCCCGGGGCUUGCUUGCGUGGGAGUACUUCUGCAUCUCCUAAGAUGUUAUUUUAUUUUCAAAGAGGGAGCCCUGCUUUCUGUACACCACACUGCGGAGUUGGAAGUAAGGGCGCCUCUAGACUGCAAGUUUUAUUUCCUGGUUAGACGGGAAGGUGGCCUGGGUUUGUGCUUGGGUGACGAUCAGUUUUCCCGCAGAACUCCGAAACUGUGGAGUGCUGACUGCUGGAGGAAGAUACCCGCCAACACCCUUGCGGCUUCUUUCCCGCCCUUCGCCCUCCAGGUUCCAGGCAGUGCGGCGCUUCUGCCCCGGCAGGCCCGGCCGCUGACUCUAACCUUCCGUCUAACCUUGUGGGCCGCCCGGGCUGGGCGCGGAGCCCUCGGAGCUGGAGCGGCGGUUGGUACUAAGAAGUGCCUUUCCUGACGUCUCUGCUGCUUGGAACCGCUUCUAGAGCAGCCUCUGCUUUUGCCUUGCUUGCUGCCAGCUAGACUGUGACGACAGCACAUCCGCCCUCCACCUCUAGCCCAGACACCCCCACUUCUACUUCUAAUCAGGAGAAAAGCUCUGAGUAUCUGCCAUUGCCCUAGGCUGCUUUAGUUUAGAAGAAAAGUUUGCUGAAAAAGUAAGAUACCUUCUGCCAGGAAAUCAAGGAGGAAAACACAAAAUCAUUUUCUCGAUUUUGCUCUAAACUGCUGCAUCUGUCUAUGCCAAACUAAUCAAUACCGAUUGCACCACCAAACUCCAUCGCAAAUUCAGCUGUGAGGAGAUUCCCUGUCAGACAACUUGGCUGAAAGCAGAUUGGAAAUUCGGUGUCAGAGGGUCUGCCACGUUUUCAUGCUUGCAUUUUGGGCUCCAAAUUGGCACUGGGAAGGGGUUACUGAGCGCAAGGCUGGUUCCAGGCCCUCCUUUAAGCACCCAUCUACUUACAAUCCUGGUAUUUCUCUAAAACCCAAAACCUCUUUGAAUUAACAGUUUCAUGCUGUGACUUUCUAGUGGAGGUCUUUCCCUUGAUAUUGAAGUCACACUUUUCCACGUGCCGUUAAAGCAGGGAGCGGGGAAACAGCCUUCCGGACAUUUUCACCGUCAUUUCACACUUCUAAGUUUUAUCAGUUCCUAUUUUGUUUUGUUUUUGUUUUUGUUUUUGUUUCGGUUAUUGAUUUUUUUUUUUUUUUGAGAGGGGUCGGGUUUGUUGGUUUCAUUGAACAUUUAACUACCUGUAAAAUAUAAACAUGGCUGUUAGUGUCACACCAAUUCGGGACACAAAAUGGCUAACACUGGAAGUAUGUAGAGAGUUUCAAAGAGGGACUUGCUCACGGCCAGACACGGAGUGUAAAUUUGCACAUCCUUCGAAAAGCUGCCAAGUUGAAAAUGGACGAGUAAUCGCCUGCUUUGAUUCACUGAAAGGUCGUUGCUCCAGGGAGAACUGCAAAUAUCUUCAUCCGCCCCCACACUUAAAAACACAGUUGGAGAUAAAUGGACGAAAUAACUUGAUUCAGCAGAAGAACAUGGCCAUGUUGGCCCAGCAGAUGCAGCUAGCCAAUGCCAUGAUGCCUGGUGCCCCAUUGCAGCCCGUGAACUUAAUGCAACAAUCAUUCCAAAAAAGAGGGGGGGAUUGCAAUUCGAGGUGGGAGGGAUCCCCAUAUUACACCGGCAGUGAUACCAAUUAUCAAUACUGUACAGUCGAGCCAAUGUUUUCAGUUGCACCAAGCUUAGCCACCAAUGCAUCAGCAGCCUUUAAUCCCUACCUGGGGCCUGUUUCCCCAAGCCUGGUUCCAGCAGAAAUCUUGCCUACUGCGCCAAUGUUGGUCACGGGGAAUCCUGGAGUUCCAGUGCCAGCAGCUGCUGCAGCUGCUGCACAGAAGUUAAUGCGGACAGACAGACUCGAGGUGUGUCGAGAGUACCAACGAGGCAACUGCAACCGAGGAGAAAAUGAUUGUCGGUUUGCUCAUCCUGCUGACAGCACAAUGAUUGACACCAAUGACAACACAGUCACUGUCUGCAUGGAUUACAUCAAAGGGAGAUGCUCUCGGGAAAAGUGCAAAUACUUUCAUCCUCCUGCACACCUGCAAGCCAAGAUCAAGGCUGCCCAAUACCAGGUCAACCAGGCUGCAGCAGCACAGGCUGCAGCCACUGCAGCUGCCAUGACUCAGUCGGCUGUCAAAUCACUGAAGCGACCCCUCGAGGCAACCUUUGACCUGGGAAUUCCUCAAGCUGUACUUCCCCCAUUGCCAAAGAGGCCUGCUCUUGAAAAAACCAACGGUGCCACCGCAGUCUUUAACACUGGUAUUUUCCAAUACCAACAGGCUCUAGCCAACAUGCAGUUACAGCAGCAUACAGCGUUUCUCCCACCAGGCUCAAUAUUGUGCAUGACACCCGCUACAAGUGUUGUUCCCAUGGUGCACGGUGCUACGCCAGCCACUGUGUCCGCAGCAACAACAUCUGCCACAAGUGUUCCCUUCGCUGCAACAGCCACAGCCAACCAGAUACCCAUAAUAUCUGCCGAACAUCUGACUAGCCACAAGUAUGUUACCCAGAUGUAGAGUUGUCGUCAAAAAACAAUCAUACAAAGAGGAAAGGACAGUGUGCUUGGUUAGAGUAAGGACGACGUCAUUAGCCAUAUUGUAUAUACCGUCAAGCAACACACACAAAAAUCCCUCAGCCACAAGACAUCCACAUAUUGCAUGUUAACCAGAAGAAAAGACAACAUGGGAACUUGCUGCACACUGUUGCCUACACACUUUGUACAUUCAAUUGGUAUUUGUGCUGAGGUGAUAUUCCUAUCUAAAAGAACAACAUUGUCUUUCUUUUGUAGCACAGAGUUAUGCAUUAAAAUAUGCAUACAUAAUUAGUUUCCUAUAUAUUCAUGCCAUCUUGAAAAGACAGACUAUGGUGUAACCAUGAUUCUAUUAUGUAUUGGUACGUCUGUAGACCAAGAUAUAAUUUUUUAAAAAUGAGUUUAUUUCUUUCAAGGUUUACAAGUAACAAAGGUGCACCUUGUAUUUAAAAUUGCCAUUAGAGCUGAGAGCGCGCAUGCACAGUCAUUUUUGUUUAAGAGUGAUAUUUUUACUGUAAUAGAUUGUAAGACGUGGUGAGGGAGGGAUCUGACAGAGAUGAAUGUGCCAAGCAAAACCACAACUGUGUAUAUGUUAAAGCACAUCAUGGCUUUAAGUACCAUGUUGCUAAGGAUUCUCAUGAAGUGCCAUAGACUGUACAUCAAACUAGAGUAUUAUUUCUUCAGUGUUAUUAUUUUCAGAGCCACGUUUUGUUGCUUAUUUGCUAGUACUAAUCAAUCAAAGGGCACCAUUCUUCUUUUCUUUUUCUUUUUUGUUUUUGAAACCAAAGCUGUCUCAGAAAUGGCCAAUUUAACUUUACAGUAACAAUAGACAGCACAACACACACUCAAUACAGAUAAACUUUCACAUACUGGAGAUAUAUAUAAUAGAUAUAUAAAAUUAUUUUAAUGCAUUGUAGUGUAAUAUUUAUGCAUAUUCUACUAUAUAACAUGUUAUUCAAAAGGGAUAUGCCAUUUCUGAGACACAGUAACAAAAAAUGUUUGAGGAAAUUAUUUUGCUUCUAUUUAUAGCCUCUGUCAAAAGUCAAAAGACUAUAAAUGCUUUGCAGAAAUGGUUUCACGUUUGCUUAAACGCUUCAUCACAGUCACAUUCAAAAUAGUGACUCUAAACAAAGAGAACAGCACUGUCAUCAGAUGCAUGAUAAACCAAAAUAUGAAAAUGGGAAAUGUUUAAUUAACCUAGUAAUUGGGUGGGUUAAGUACAUGGGUGAAUUUUAUAUGUGAUUCUUUUGUUCAGAUUAACUGCUUAUAGCCUUAGAAAGCCUUUUAAAAAUUUUAAAAAUAGAUGUGCAUUCAGUUUUUAAGAAUGGAUUCAUCCAAAGGAAUUCCCCUUUUUUGUGGUUUGGAUGUUGCAGCUAGUAAAGGAUAUUUUUGCCCUGUUCAGCAGUUCUAAAAAUCGCUGAGUAGGGGCCAGGUCACUGGCGGUUCUAGUGUGGAAUGGGAGAAGUGAGAGUUCCGUUAUAGAACUUUCCAUACUUCCAAGUUUACUGCAAGUUUUUAUGCUUGAGAGAGAUGCUUUCUAAUAUAAGACUGAUGUGUUGAUUUUACUGAUUGUACUGUACAUCUAUUAAAGCCUUAGAUUAUUACAUUACGGGUUGGAACCCAUACCAAUGUAAUUUCAAUCGUGUUAAGAGAGUAAUGGUGACUUCACAUGUUAGUGUAGUUAGUUACAUUAUAGAAUAUUACUUAUUUUUCUUGUUAAAAUGUAGUUUUUCAUUUCCUACAUUUAUUAGAUUUUCAUUUUCUAUUAACAAUUGAAUACCAUUUCAGUUUAUAGACUAUUGUUUUAUUAGAUUUUACCAAUGAAUUUUUCAAAAUAGAGAAAAAAAUUAAAGUAGUUUUUCCUUCAUAACAUACUCAGUUUUAAAUUACAUGUAGUGUCAUAUGAAUAUCCGUAUUAUUGUUAACUAAAUGAUUUAUAUUUUACUGAUUUAAUAUUACAGUGUAAGAAUGUCAGUCAUUGUUCUUGUCUAGUUUUCAUUAAAAGAACAAAGAUCUUUUAUAUGGAUAUCUUAUAAAUAUAUAAUCAUUGCUAAGUAAGAAGUUAAGUUGUUGCUAUGGCAACAAUCCUGGCAGACAAUUGAGUAAUAUUUUGAUGAUUUAUUUUGUUUGUAAUUAGUUAUUAUGAGAAGAUCUAGAUCCUAGAUAUUAGAAUAAAAUUUAUUUUCUACUGUAUCCAUUUCAAAUGUUAAAGUAUUGUUUAAUAUUUUUGAAAUCCCUGAAUAUCAGGCCUUGUUAUAAAUAAGCUGCAUAAUCAAUAAAUAGAACAAGGGACUUUUUGUUGAUAAUCCAAAUACUCAAAGUUUACGUAAUGAGAAUUUUAGCGUGUGUGCAAACUCUUGGGGGUUGAUGAUGCUGCAGUUUAGCAUGUUGGAAAGUCUAGAGAGAAAGGUUGACUUUUUGCACUUCUGUAUAUAGUCAAAAGAGAGAAACCUGUAUAAUAGCAAGAUCUUAUUUUGAAUAAAAACGUCUAUAAUUACAAGGAGUUUUGUUAAGGCUAAUGAAAUGACAGACUGAGCAAAAUUGCUUGCAAAAGUGGCACAGAGUUAGCACUCCAUACCCUUCAGACACGUUGCUUUGCUUUUUGUGGACAGCUUGUAGUUUGCCAGGAUUUUUCAGCUGGAAAGAUUUGCCAUCCUUCCAAGAUCUCAUGACUGACAAAACUCCAUUGGGCCAAAUCUGCCUGAAGAUCAUUACCAAAAAUAGCAGGUACUUCAGCCAUUAAGGUGAAAUCAUGGAUCAGAUAUUCCUUACAUUGUUUUCAAAACUACUGCAUGUUUAAAACUUCAACAAAAAGAGAGAAAGAACUAUGCUAAGGACACAUAUUAUUCAAAUCGGUUUCUGCCAAUUUCAAUGGUUUAUUGUUCACAAAACGAAAUCUUCAAAACAAGUAUUGACUUUCACAAAAUUUAAACCAUAAACAGGCAAACCAAACAGCACACCUGUAGUUGUUAUGUGAUUGUUUUUUAAUUGCUGUAGACCUUGUUCUUUCCGCAGGUGAAAAAAAGAAGUUCAAAUUUCACAAUUUUAAUUUUCAAGUCAGAGGCACUCAAAAGAGCAAAAUGUGACAAUGGCCACUUGUUAAUGACUUGGUUGCCCAGCCUUUACUCCAGCUGGCUACUGAUGUUGCACUUACCAGCAACCCGACGACCACUUUCAUCUGCUGAAAGGACAAAGCGCUUGAUUUUACUAUUAUGUAAUCACAACUUACUUUCUGCUUGUAGUUGCUUAAAAUUAUGUAUUCUGUCUAGGGCUGCAAUUUGUUUUAUGCUUAUUUUAUUAUUACUGCAGUAGUUGACUUUGCUGUAUGGAAAAAUAAAGUGAAAUUGCCCUAAUAAAACUUCUCUUUCUUAAGUAUA